ACUGGGCUACAACUACAAUUUCUCAUAAAUGCAUAUGGUAAAAAAAAAAAGCUCAACAUGUGAGGGGGCGGGCUAAAGCCCCACUUAGCCCCCUCAUAGAUCCGUCAGUGUUUCUUCGCCUGUCUAUCUUUCUUGAUCAAGUUAGGGUUCGAAGAGACACAAAACUUCAAGGUGGUUUUAUAACUUUAACGGAGGAGAUGGCGCUGUUGCAUACGGGUGAUGUUAUGGUCUAUGAUGAAUUUAAUCCUCCAGCCGAACAUGCGGAUUUCUGUGGUCAGACUCAGCAUAUGGACAUCAAGGACAAGGCUGUUGUGACAAAGCGUUACCGGGCUCAGAAUUUGGCUAACAAGGACAAGGCUGAUUGCACAGAUCAUAUUGACAAAUGUGCCAAAGAAACCCCUAGGCCUUAUUUGACUCGUAAAAUUUUGUAUACUGAAGACCUUUGGACAGAAUGGGCUCUGCAACCAUUUGAUCUUUCAGUCCUAAUAGCAAGGCGUAAUAAGGAUGGAGAUAUGUUCUUUAUUCAUGUUGCUAGUAUCUAUGAGGCAGAUGGAGUGUCAGGAUUCGGAUACAUUAUCCGUGACUGUCAUGGUACGCCUAUUGUUGAAUAUUCUCAAUAUUUUGUUACUAAAGAGAUUACUAAAGAUGUUGGGCCAGUUUCAGAAUCUUAUCUAGAGCUGAAAGCUGUGGACAAAGUUUAGAACAUGCCGAAAAACUUGCCCUCAAGUAUGUUUCGAUGGUUAGUACAUCAUGUGAAGUAUCCUUUGCGGUUGAUGAUUGUUACAGGGAAGAAGUAUCCGGAAUGCGUAUUGAUGACAAGCAGGAUGAUAAGGUCACUGAUGUUUGUGUUGAUAUCAUAAAAAAGCUGAAACGAAGACACCCAAAUGAGGAGGAGAAUCAUUUCUAUUUCCAUAUUCAUCCAGAACCAUAUGAAAGAUUACUUAAUGCUGCAGUAUGUCUGGUAGGACUUGAAGCCAGUGGGAGGGUGUCAGAACUUUUAUUUGAAUUUAAUAAGGGUCAGCAGAAGAUGCCACUAGCCAUGGACAAACUUUCUGAGUUGCUGAAACUUCUCCACACAGAUGCAAGUACUCCAAGCUUAUUUCAUCCUUGAAUGUGUUCCAACUCUCCUAUGCUGGGUCAACAGAAGCUCCCUACUGCAACCUGCUUUAUAAGCUGUCUUUUUAGUGUCGUGUGUUUCUAAACUCUUGUUAUAUACUGAACCUGAUGCUUUAUUAAGCUGCUGUCUUUCUAGUGUCGUGUGUUUUUAAACUCUUGUUAUAUACUGAACCUGAUGCUUUAUUAAGCUGCUGCCUUUUAGUCAUGUUAUAUACUAUCAGGUUUUAAACUCUUGUUAUAUACUAUCAGGUUUUGUUGAA